GAAAUAACGACCCCUGCAGUUGCAUUGCGGAAAAUCGCGGCGGCGGCGGCGGCCGCGGCGGUAGUCGCGGACGAUGGAAGCGAGGCAACUGGAGGUUCCGGGGAGCCCAGGAAAAUAGCAGAGGAACAGAAAGCGCGCACGCGACGCGGGAGCCCAUAGGCUCCCGAUGCUCCCGGUACCUGGCUCCCCACGGUUCCCGUUCCGGGCCUUGGACGUGCCUCCCGACCCGGGCUCCGAGGCUGCAGGCUGCGCGCGGACUUGGGCAGCCGGGAGGGUCGGCGGAGGCAGCUGGCGGCCAGCAGUUUCGGGCAAUAAUCCCUGCCUCUCUUUCUGUCUCUCUGUAUGCUGUGUCUGCUCCUCCCCCCGGCCCCCGGAAGCAGGAGGAGAACGGCCCCGGAGCGGAGCAGCCACCCUCUGACCAUGCCCCGGUGAGGCGGGCGGACUUCGAGGGCAACUCGUCGCGGACUGCCUGGGCUUAGCCAGCAAGCUGCGAGCUGCCAGGGGCCCGGAACUGCGCGGCAAGGCCCGGCGGGGGGCUAUCGUCUAUGACUUCUUGGGGCGCCAGGAGGAUCGGGGUCUCGUUUUUGCAGGAAGAGCCCAGCGCUGGUGGCUUCAGGUGGCUGCCGCCGCCGCUGCUAGUGCUGUUUCUGCCGCUUGUGCAAGGAGUAGAGACCGACGAGCAGGGAGACUUCCCGGGAAGCGAGGCAUCGGACAUGUGUCAGCACAUCUGGGGCACACAUCCGUCAAGCCCGAGGGGAGAUUUGCUGGAACAGUUCAAACUGCGAUAUUGAUCUUGGGGGUCCCUGGCUGGCAGUCGGGUGGGAGUGUGAGUGUGCGCUCGCUAGGAAGUGUGUGCGUGUGUGCAUGUGUGUGUGUGUGUGUGUGUGUGUGUGUGUGUGUGUGUGUGUGCCCUGUGGGGAUUCCCCCUUUCCCCCCUGUUUUCCCGUCGAGUGAUGCACUUGGAAUGAGAAUCAGAGGAUGGAAAUAGUCUGGGAGGUGCUUUUUCUUCUUCAAGCCAAUUUCAUCGUCUGCAUAUCAGCUCAACAGAAUUCACCAAAAAUCCAUGAAGGCUGGUGGGCAUACAAGGAGGUGGUCCAGGGAAGCUUUGUCCCAGUUCCUUCUUUCUGGGGAUUGGUGAACUCAGCUUGGAAUCUUUGCUCUGUGGGGAAACGACAGUCGCCAGUCAAUAUAGAGACUAGUCACAUGAUCUUCGACCCCUUUCUGACGCCCCUUCGCAUCAACACUGGGGGCAGGAAGGUCAGUGGGACCAUGUACAACACUGGAAGACAUGUGUCCCUGCGCCUGGACAAGGAGCACUUGGUCAACGUAUCAGGAGGGCCCAUGACAUACAGUCACCGGCUGGAGGAGGUCCGGCUACACUUUGGGAGUGAAGAUAGCCAAGGUUCAGAGCACCUCCUCAACGGACAAGCCUUCUCUGGGGAGGUGCAGCUCAUCCACUAUAACCAUGAGUUAUAUACCAAUGUCACAGAAGCUGCAAAGAGUCCAAAUGGAUUGGUGGUAGUUUCUAUAUUUAUAAAAGUUUCUGAUUCAUCAAACCCAUUUCUUAAUCGGAUGCUCAACAGAGAUACUAUCACAAGAAUAACAUAUAAAAAUGAUGCAUAUUUACUACAGGGACUUAAUAUAGAGGAACUAUAUCCAGAGACCUCUAGUUUCAUUACUUAUGAUGGGUCAAUGACUAUUCCACCCUGCUAUGAGACGGCAAGCUGGAUAAUAAUGAACAAACCUGUCUAUAUAACCAGGAUGCAGAUGCAUUCCUUACGCUUGCUCAGCCAGAAUCAACCAUCUCAGAUCUUUCUGAGCAUGAGUGACAACUUCAGGCCCGUCCAGCCACUCAACAACCGCUGCAUCCGCACCAACAUCAACUUCAGUUUACAGGGGAAGGACUGUCCAAACAACCGGGCCCAGAAGCUUCAGUAUAGAGUAAAUGAAUGGCUCCUCAAAUAGGAAAGUAAGCCAAGAAGAAUCCCACCUCAGUGAAAUGCUACAACUAUGAAUUGAUGUAACCUAAACUGUGCCCCUUCUUUCUUCUCUUUCCUUCCCUCCCUCAAGCCUCAUUCACUCUUUGGAUUGGCCCUUUCUUCAUGAAAAUUGUCUGCAAAACUUUGGCAGAGGAAUACAUCUCUUACACACACUCACAAAUACACACACAAGCACUCACACACACAUACACACUCAUGCAAAUAUAUCUACACACAUACAC